AUCAUUGUGUUGACCUUUAUGUUGUUUGGUUAAAGUUCUUCUAUGGUUUUAGUUGGAGUUUAGAAGUGUUACAGUAGAGUGAACACGAUGCUACCUCCCAGUGUGUACCUGAUUAUUGGCUUGAUUGGCAGGCUCGCAGGGGAGGAGUUUCAGGGGGCACCUUCUCCGCAGGGAGAAGAGUUUCCGGGGGGACCUUCUCCGCAGGGAGAGAAUGAAGGAGGGCCUUUUAUUCAAUUCAGAGGAAAUUCAAGAACAGUUAAUACUUUCGGAGCAAACAAUGUUUACAAGGCUGGAGUCUUCUAUCCUAUUUCUUCAUUUAACACCCUGGGCAACAAUCAGUUUGUAACAACGUUGAGGCCGAUUUCAGAUUACCUGAGUACUGCCAAGUUUGAACAGCUGACUAAGCAGCCGCUAAACAGGAAGUCAGCUGAUCUGGUCGAUACACGUGGAAGCUUUCUUGAUUUCCCAAGCAGGGAAGAAAUAGAAUUGACCAAUGAGAUCACUUCUAAUGAUGUGACGUCAGUGUUUAAGCUACCAAUCGAACCACAUCCAGAGGAGCUUUUGUCUUUAAAGAUACAGGAGAAAAGAAGGCAAUCUGAACAGAGAUUGGCUGAAAAGAAUCAAGAGCAGACAGUUCCAGUUCAACAAUUGAGAGAGUUUAAUCAGCUGACAGAAUUCAAAAAUUCACUGAAGAAUUUGGUUCCUCUGACGAAGGCUGGAAAAUCCUCCAAAAACUUCGUGGAUUUCCAAAAUGGCCGCUUUUUCUACAGCUACAAUUUAUAGAUUGUAUAGUAAACAUCUUUAAUUCUCUCACCCCAGUGCAAUCUCCAAUCUCAAUGUACAAACACUGUAAUUGAAUCUAUUAAGAAUAAUCAUUUUUAAAAGUUUA